AUGGCCAAGGGAAAUGUUGCUGCUAACUCUCCCCUUGAGAGGCCUAGCUUAAUUUCACUGGAUCAAAAAUUGGCCUUUGCCAAGCGCUGUUCUCAGGAGGGUGUGUUAGCUGGAGCUAAGGCAGCUGUUGUUGCCAGUGUUGCCAGCGCUAUUCCAACACUGGCUAGUGUGAGGAUGAUGCCUUGGGCAAGAGCCAAUCUAAAUCACACUGCUCAAGCUCUUAUAGUUUCCACAGUGACCGGAGCAGCAUUUUUCAUAGCAGCUGACAAGACCGUUUUAGCAACAGCAAGAAAGAACUCUUUCAAGGAACCCUCGAAUUCUGAAGCAUGA